GGGAGAAGUACUGGUAGAACUUUUCUAAGCAGUUCUUCGUCUCCAGACAUAAUUAAAUUCAAUGCGCUGCAGAUGUAGCUUCGGAAAUUGAGAAGCAGAAAGACAUCGACGUUGCAGAGGCAGAUGAAGAUCUAGUUAUAGAGAAAACAUAGAUAAAUAAACUAUGUCCGUGUGCGGCCGCGUUGGUGUCACGAUGAACAACAAACACCUGCUCUUUAAGGACAACCGCUCCCCUGCCACGGCUCCGUCUUGGGAACAAAAAUCAUGACCACUGUGCCAAAUCCUGAGGAGGUAUCGGUAUCGAGUAGCUCUACCUCGGACGGUUUUUCGAACAAUGGCGACGAGCCUGCGGCCGGUAGUGGAGCAGGUGCCCUUAAUACGUGCCUUUGUUUUGUAUGCAUGACCAUGAUCUUCACAUUCCAAGAACACGAACAGAAUCCUGCUAAUAUAUGCAUAUGCAAGUUGUACGAUUCGCAGGUAGAGUUAUUGAGAGCAACUUCAGUCUGCGGUCCUCGUACUUUUUUCUCCGCUUGGACAAACGUUACGGCACAAAGCACCCACGACACUCAGGUGGCGCUGCCGCCCCCGCCGCCUCGAAACUCACACGACGAAUUGCACGGGGCGCAGCAUCUGGCACCGCAAAAAGUUUGCUCGCCCAGCGGAUGGCCACCCGGCCGGUUCAUCUGGCAAAGGUUUUGGGUGGGCAGGAGCGACCGGGCGUUCCCGCGCCUCCGGGGCCCGCGUCAAUGUCCGGUUCUUCGGUAGCACUAGGUAGAGCUCGAGGUGGCUUGGGGCAACUGGGCCCACCUCCCUUGGCGGCGACCGGUACUAGCCUCCUGGACAGCAAUUCCACGGCCAGCAGCGGAGGCGGACACCAGCUCCUUACAACAUCGGGCGCUCCUUCGGGACCAGCAGCUGCAGCCUCGUUCGGAGCAACAUCUUCAUCUUCCCCGUCAACAUCAAUCCGUCUGCCAUUUCCGCGCAGCACCAUGCUCAGCGCGUCCAAGGGGCUCCGACCGACUCACGCAGGCACAAGCGACUUGGCGGUCCUGAUGACCAAGAAAAGAGCGCGCCCUCUGGUCUCCUUCUGUGCAGUUCUCAUCGGGAUUCUUGUCGGCUCUGCCGUGAUAGUCUCCAGCACGCGGUCCCUUGGCGUUCUGCCCGUUCGCUUCGUCGCUUCUUACUUCUGCGGUUCCUGUUCGUCCUACACGAUUGCGCAAAGGCAGGAACAAGAACUACAGGCCGAGAACAAGAAGAACUCAGAAGAUGCAGCACAACCUCCUCUGGCAGGAACUGAUCCCGCUCCUGGGGCGUCCACAAAUGAAGCUUGGUUUCCCGAAGGGCCCCUUCCCCCUCUUGAGUUUGCGGCGGCGCCUCUCCCCUCCGCCUUGGAUGAUCCGAGUUUGGGGGCAGCGUUCGAUCUGGCUUCCGCGGCAGGCAAUAGAACUCCAGAUCCAGCGAUGUCGCAACAGGUUCCACUUUUUGGGGGCGGCGGCGUAGCAGGUGGAACUCUUCUCCCGACUGGCGGCCCGACGAUCGUGCACAUCCCUGCGUCCGCCGUUACCAUAACUCAGGACGGAGGCAUCGUGAUCAGCGAGCAACUGCACGAGAUGAUCCAACAGGCCACUGCCGGCAUAGGAGGCGACAUUGUGUUGCAGAUUGCCGAGCCGAGCACCGACCCGGAAAUGGGUGGUGGGGACGACCCCGAGGAGCAGCCGAUAAUUAUCCAGUUGGGCGGCGGCGGGGUGAUGGAGCAGGACUACGCGCAGACGCAAAUAACGCCUGGACUUACCAUGAAAAAAGGCAGUUCGUGCACGGUAGGCGCGAGGGCCAAGGUCCGCAAGUGCGGAGAGCGUGUGGCCUUCGUGAUUCUGGCUGUUCUGCUCUCCAUCCUUUCCAUCUGCAUCGGCUUUGCCGCUGACAAGGCCUCUUUUCGCGAAGCCUGCCGAGCGAGUCGCAACGGCGAGGAUCCCUUCACGCUCCUCCUAGCUCGUAUAGAAAAUUUUUAUAGAUGAUAGUUUUUUAGAAAUUUCAUCCCCACUGUGUACGUACGUAGCUCGUCUCGCUUGGAGAGUAGCCGCCGAGUUGUAGUUCUUGUUGCAAUAUACGAACGCAGCCGUAGUUCCCGAGGAUUGCAUGCAGUGAAAAUCUUCGAAGAGACACGGAGUCUAACCUCCACAAACCACGUUUUCAAGGUCGUCGAGCCGCGCCCUUUGUCCCGACGACGGCGGGUGGGCUUCCAGCUCGGCGACGACAAGAAGCCCGGCUGACUUGGCAGGAGUGGUUAGGUGUCCAGCUCGCGGUACUGGAUGUACGCAUAAAAGCGGUCGUAGAACACAUGCUCAGCGCGUUGCAAGCGAAAUGGCAGGAGGUCUUCAAGUCAGCCGAAUUCUCGGAGGAAGACGACGACGUGGCGCGCUGGCUGAGUCUGAGCGCAAAAAACGCGACUUCUGUCCAAGAUCAUCGCGACGGAAAGUCGCCGCCAACGGCCACGUCCACCAUCGAAACAUUCCGCUUCAAAAACGCCGGAAAUCGGCUAGCACUGCUGGAGAAACGGCACGAACUGCGCAAGCUGCGGAAGAUUUCCAGUCGAACCGUUUCGCCCGCGAGCAGCGUCAGCCCCGUUUCGGAGGGGGGCAUCGUGCAAGCAUUUUUCAGCUGGGCUAGGGACGUUGUUUAUUUUCCCUCAGGAGAGACAUCAACGUCAUCACGCGGUCCAGAGUCCUCUUCUCCCGACUCGCCGGCUGGUUCUGGCACUUUCGCAGCGCGGCCUGCCAGUUUACAGGCCUGGAUGAGCGAGCAGGUAUCUCUUGAUUCCGUGACCGUGUUGUUGGUCUGAGUAGAAAAAAUUCAUCAUGUGUUCUAGAAUUAUACCACUCUCUCUAAAUGACUGUUGCUACCAACUGCGUAGUGUCAAAUUAUACAGCAUUCUCACUCUCAUUGAUAAAACGUUUCUCUCGUGGAAAUGAAUCAAGCGCAUGAACGUAGGCACGCCGGCGAGCUGCAGCGAAGACCGGGGACGACGAGGACUGCGAGCUCUGCUCUACUUCGGUCCCGCCUUGCUUCGGGAACAGGGGUCGUUUGGCACUGGCGGUAUCCAAUCCGUUACCCUUGCGAACUUGUCCCCAGGCUAUGGCCGGCGGUUCAGUGUCUACGUUUCGUCCUCUGUUCCCAUUGAGUGGGGCUCUAGUUUUGUUUGUUCGCUUGCGUUUGCCCAUGGUGGGGGCAGGGGGAUGUUUGCCUAUCUGGUUGCCUGGGGGCGGCGACUCGAUUAGGGUCCGCCUCAACCAGUCCUCGAGCUGGGUUGUUGAGGAGAAGGGAACCCUCGGUAGGGCGGGUAAGCGAGUUUUUGGCGGCACCCCGCGGAUGGUGGGGGUCCAUUGUUUUCUUAGCUUGCUGCUCGUUGUGUCCUUUCCCAGGCCGAGCCAGUCUGUCCCACCCAUCGGUCCACCAACUCGUGGUCUGUAGUCAUUGUUUUGUUCGGAUUCUGCGCCACGGUUCCUUUCCGCCCUCUCUCUCGGGUUAUUUUUCUUGCUGGAAGAUUUCGAGCUCUUGAGCCCCGCCGAGCGGCGUCCGGAGGUUGCCGUUUAGCAUGUUUUGCAGCCGUUUAGCAUGUUUUGCUGCCGAGCGUCUUUGUGCUGCCGUUUAGCAUGUUUUGCAGGAUGGCUUCGGUCGGUUGCCUGUCUUCCCCGUGGGGGCAAGUGGGGCUGGGGCUGGCGCGUUUCCCCCCAUUCAACCACCGGAGGUGGGGUUCUGGGGGGUCUUGCCCUGGGGGCCAGGUGGUGGUGGAGUGGGCCGGACCCCGCUACGGAAGCUGGGCCCGGCCUGCUUCGCCCAGCCCCAUCAGGCGCGGUCCAACGGGCCGCUUGGGUGUUUGCUCUGGAUAACACUCGGAAGGAACGCAUCGAAAUCAAGCGCAUGAACGUAGGCACGCCGGCGAGAUGCAGCGAAGACCGGGGACGACGAGGACUGCGAGCUGUUUGUUGCCUCGCCCAGUCUAUUCAGCCUUGCCAGGUCUUGUGUCCGUAUCUGGCCCUUGCCCAUGGAGUAGCCCUCCGUCACCCUCCCCACCCUCGUUCCCUGCCUUGCGUGAUUUCUUCCAGAAUAUGCGCUGUGCAUCUCCUGCAACUUGUUAGGGAGUGGCGGCUGUUGAUUUUCCGGACUCUCUCGUCGAUGCAUGUUGACGCUGCUUGUCUAGCUCAAGGCAUGCAUGGGCUGACGUAUCCACCAGGGCAUAUCUUUUGCCAGGUGCUUGUCCUCCCCACAUUGUGUGUGCGUUUUGUUUUGAAGUAGGUUUCGGAAAAUCAAUUGCGUUGCAUGACAUGCACAAGCGCGCGGGACACCCAUGAUGGACGUUGCCCGCUCUGGAUUUCCCUCCCACCCGGGAGCUGCUCUCUUUUGUCAUGCGUUCUUCUUCAUCCCGCCUACCCGUACCCAAUCGACCUGACGGUCAAAAAAUCAGUGCAGGAAUCUCUGUUCUCGGUUGGGGGUAGUGUUUUGGAUCACCUUAUCGCCUUGCUUCCCCCCCUGAGGACGGUGCGCUGUCGGUCCUCCUGACCGGCCCGCCCCCACCCAUCGGUGUCGGAAGGGAGGGGGGUUAAAUAGGAACCUGGUCUGCCUCACACAGUUCCUCGGGGUCGACCGCUUGUCCCGCCACCAUCCCGGUGGGCCUGGGCCCGGCUCGCCUCCCUGGCAACCUACUGUGAGAACCUUGUUCCCCCCUGCCGGUUUGGUUACUGAUUCUGGUCCACACCCUGGCAAUCCUAGAAUCCCAAGGAGAACCUGGACAUUGCAUAUUCACUUCACUGCACUUCACAAUCAAGCGCAUGAACGUAGGCACGCCGGCGAGCUGCAGCGAAGACCGGGGACGACAGGGAGUGGCCCCCUAUUCCCCCCUUGCGAGGAGACAGUCGGGAAUCCAUUUCCCCUUCGGGGUCGAUUUUAUUUGAUUUCCGCAUCCGUUUGUGAUGGCGGAGUGAGUUUCUGCUUGAUUUCGCAUUCGCGCUUUUCCCGUACAAGUCGGAGUAUCCCCCUUGCGUCACUCAGCGAGCGUGUUUCAGUCCUGCAGUUUAUCGCCACACAUCUCUCGUGCUGGUGAGGGAGCAUCAGCCGCGUUUAUGCCGUUUCUUCGGGGGUUUCUCCACUCUCCCCGCUCGGGGAGUGGGUUCUCUUGGAUUUCCACUUGUGAGGGCGAGAAGUCUAUUGUCCCAGGUUCUCCCGGGUGCGGAGAAGGAUUUCAGGGCCUAGCUGCAGGCUGCUUUUCUACUCUAUUUUCCGGCUUCUGCCGGCUUUGGUUUUCUUGUGGGUCUCACUUUAUUACUCAUUUUCGAGGUGUGCUUGCUAUUGCAGGCUUCUUUCUCGAGGUCUACUUGCAAGGUUUUGCUCCGUUGUAUUCGACAAGGGGCGUCAUUCUGACCUUGGUUAUUUUCAUUUCAUGAACGUAGGCACGCCGGCGAGCUGCAGCGAAGACCGGGGACGACGAGGACCGCGAGCUCUUUGUCUUUUUCUAUUAGCGACAUUUUCUCCGGAAGGGAACUGGGCCAGGACGCAUCUACUGUCGUAGUUUUUCCGGCUUUUGGAGGGCCUCCUGGGGGGCCUCAGCGCUGCCCUGCCGCCAACUCUGUGCCUGUUUUCCCAUGCGGGGGGCCGUUUCCGGAGUUUGGAGCUCGUUGGCUUGCGGAUUUUUGCGCCGCCGGUUGCUAGACCGUUUCGCUCUGCAGGGGAUUUGUCCGUAGCACUUGGCUUGGGGGUAGGACGCAACCUUCGCCGCUUCUUCGCGCACUAAGUGUUCCUCUGGUCGGAUAUAUCGACAAGAAUCGCUCGGGGUUGGGCGGCGUUUCGUCUCGGUAUGGUUACGCGGCUCUCGGAUGAGGUGUUAGCACGUGCCACGCGUGGCUGCUCUUUAUGCGUGGCUGCGCUUUCUCUGAUUUACUCUUCAUGCGUACGCCACCUUAUCUGUGUCUUCCCUUUAGGUUUAGAGGCGCGGUUGGCCGAGGCUUACGCUCAGUGUCAGUAGGUGGGCGCGCUAUCGUUCAUCACGGCGGUGAUGGUUCUGGGGGUAGCCACGUCACACUCGCCGGCAUGAUGGAGCCUGACGUGCUCGGGGAUCGCCCGCUGUUCGCUCUGGUCUAGUGGCUGCGCGGCCCGCUUGAGGCGGAUCCCUUGCUUUGUAGCUGUCGUGGGAACAGCAUUCACGCCAGGUGCGUGCCUCGCCUCUGUGUUGGGUUGCUGGCUUCAUAUGAAGUGAAUUCCCCAGGUGGGGAGGUGGUUUGCCACUCUGAAUCAGGGUUGAUACCGAUAGGCUCCUUUGCUCUUCUGAGGAAGUAACUUUUCUGCUUUGGUUUUCCGCGAGGCUUCUUUGCCGCCCAGUAAGGGACGGGCUUUGUGUGUAAUUUCAGUUGGACGAGAUGAGUCCUCGUCCAUCGGCGGUCUGCUCUUGGGAGGUACUUAGGUCUGGAAGUUUACCGUGCUCACAGAGGUGGGGUUUUGGAUUCUCUCUGUUCGCGCCGUGUGCUAGUGUUCGCGAAUAAGCUGUUCUUUUGGCUUUGUUGGUUCGGAUUUACACAUGAUGCAUGAACGUAGGCACGCCGGCGAGCUGCAGCGAAGACCGGGGACGACGAGGACUGCGAGCUCUUUGUCGUGUAUCGAAGAAAAAAAGUUCGCGGCUUCGCUGCUUGUUCGAGGCUUCGUUGCUUGUUCGGUGCUUCGAGGCUCCGCUGCUUCGAGGCUUCGCUGCUUCGAGGCUUCGCUGCUUCGAGGCUGCGCGGCUUCGAGGCUGCGCGGCUUCGAGGCUGCGCUGCUUCGAGGCUUUGCUGCUUCGACGCUUCGCUGCUUCGAGGCUUCGCUGCUUCCUUCGGCGUUUCGAGGCCUCAUCGUUUCGAGGCUUCGCCGCUUAGAAGCUUGGGCACUUUGUCUGCAUUUCGUUGUUGUUGUUUUUCGUUUCUAUUCGUUUUUUGUUUUCAUUCUUUGUUUUCGUUUUUCGUUUCCAUUCUUUGUUUUUGUUUUUCGUUUCUAUUCUUUGUUUUCGUUUUUUGUUUUCAUUCUUUGUUUUCGUUUUUUGUUUUCAUUCUUUGUUUUCGUUUUUCGUUUCCAUUCUUUGUUUUUGUUUUUCGUUUCUAUUCUUUGUUUUCGUUUUUUGUUUUCAUUCUUUGUUUUCGUUUUUUGUUUCCAUUCUUUGUUUUCGUUUUUCGUUUCCAUUCUUUGUUUUUGUUUUUCGUUUCUAUUCUUUGUUUUUAUUGCGGGAUACUAUUAGAUAAUGGGUUUUCUGACUUUUAGCUAGUCAUUGUAGAGAUUAUGCCACUCUCUCUAACUGACUACUGCUACCAACUGCGUAGUGUCAAGUUAUACAGCAUUCUCUCAUUGCUAAAACGUUUCUCUCGUGGAAAUGAAUCAAGCGCAUGAACGUAUCAAAAUGAAAAAUCCCCCCUCCCCAUAUCGAAAAGGAAGUUUCUGAUGCUGGAUUUGCGUAUACAAAUCAGGUUUGUCUUGCAGUAGAGGACUGCAGGCUCCUGCCAAGCCUGAGUAGAGAGCUUUUGGCCUAGGCGCCUUGCAUGAAAAACGACUAUGCUGUAGGCCCAAGAGCAUCACAAACCGCCUGCAUAAUGCGGCAGAGCCUGUGGAGUUGUCUUCUUGCAAGACAGAUGCGAUUUGUGGCCUCAAAUCCGCAACACAAAUUUUUGAAAACAUACCUUUUCGAUAUGGGGAGGGGGGAUUUUGCCUCUCAAUAGAACGUAGGCACGCCGGCGAGCUGCAGCGAAGACCGGGGACGACGAGGACUGCGAGCUCUGCUCUACUUCGGUCCCGCCUUGCUUCGGGAACAGGGGUCGUUUGGCACUGGCGGUAUCCAAUCCGUUACCCUUGCGAACUUGUCCCCAGGCUAUGGCCGGCGGUUCAGUGUCUACGUUUCGUCCUCUGUUCCCAUUGAGUGGGGCUCUAGUUUUGUUUGUUCGCUUGCGUUUGCCCAUGGUGGGGGCAGGGGGAUGUUUGCCUAUCUGGUUGCCUGGGGGCGGCGACUCGAUUAGGGUCCGCCUCAACCAGUCCUCGAGCUGGGUUGUUGAGGAGAAGGGAACCCUCGGUAGGGCGGGUAAGCGAGUUUUUGGCGGCACCCCGCGGAUGGUGGGGGUCCAUUGUUUUCUUAGCUUGCUGCUCGUUGUGUCCUUUCCCAGGCCGAGCCAGUCUGUCCCACCCAUCGGUCCACCAACUCGUGGUCUGUAGUCAUUGUUUUGUUCGGAUUCUGCGCCACGGUUCCUUUCCGCCCUCUCUCUCGGGUUAUUUUUCUUGCUGGAAGAUUUCGAGCUCUUGAGCCCCGCCGAGCGGCGUCCGGAGGUUGCCGUUUAGCAUGUUUUGCAGCCGUUUAGCAUGUUUUGCUGCCGAGCGUCUUUGUGCUGCCGUUUAGCAUGUUUUGCAGGAUGGCUUCGGUCGGUUGCCUGUCUUCCCCGUGGGGGCAAGUGGGGCUGGGGCUGGCGCGUUUCCCCCCAUUCAACCACCGGAGGUGGGGUUCUGGGGGGUCUUGCCCUGGGGGCCAGGUGGUGGUGGAGUGGGCCGGACCCCGCUACGGAAGCUGGGCCCGGCCUGCUUCGCCCAGCCCCAUCAGGCGCGGUCCAACGGGCCGCUUGGGUGUUUGCUCUGGAUAACACUCGGAAGGAACGCAUCGAAAUCAAGCGCAUGAACGUAGGCACGCCGGCGAGCUGCAGCGAAGACCGGGGACGACGAGGACUGCGAGCUGUUUGUUGCCUCGCCCAGUCUAUUCAGCCUUGCCAGGUCUUGUGUCCGUAUCUGGCCCUUGCCCAUGGAGUAGCCCUCCGUCACCCUCCCCACCCUCGUUCCCUGCCUUGCGUGAUUUCUUCCAGAAUAUGCGCUGUGCAUCUCCUGCAACUUGUUAGGGAGUGGCGGCUGUUGAUUUUCCGGACUCUCUCGUCGAUGCAUGUUGACGCUGCUUGUCUAGCUCAAGGCAUGCAUGGGCUGACGUAUCCACCAGGGCAUAUCUUUUGCCAGGUGCUUGUCCUCCCCACAUUGUGUGUGCGUUUUGUUUUGAAGUAGGUUUCGGAAAAUCAAUUGCGUUGCAUGACAUGCACAAGCGCGCGGGACACCCAUGAUGGACGUUGCCCGCUCUGGAUUUCCCUCCCACCCGGGAGCUGCUCUCUUUUGUCAUGCGUUCUUCUUCAUCCCGCCUACCCGUACCCAAUCGACCUGACGGUCAAAAAAUCAGUGCAGGAAUCUCUGUUCUCGGUUGGGGGUAGUGUUUUGGAUCACCUUAUCGCCUUGCUUCCCCCCCUGAGGACGGUGCGCUGUCGGUCCUCCUGACCGGCCCGCCCCCACCCAUCGGUGUCGGAAGGGAGGGGGGUUAAAUAGGAACCUGGUCUGCCUCACACAGUUCCUCGGGGUCGACCGCUUGUCCCGCCACCAUCCCGGUGGGCCUGGGCCCGGCUCGCCUCCCUGGCAACCUACUGUGAGAACCUUGUUCCCCCCUGCCGGUUUGGUUACUGAUUCUGGUCCACACCCUGGCAAUCCUAGAAUCCCAAGGAGAACCUGGACAUUGCAUAUUCACUUCACUGCACUUCACAAUCAAGCGCAUGAACGUAGGCACGCCGGCGAGCUGCAGCGAAGACCGGGGACGACAGGGAGUGGCCCCCUAUUCCCCCCUUGCGAGGAGACAGUCGGGAAUCCAUUUCCCCUUCGGGGUCGAUUUUAUUUGAUUUCCGCAUCCGUUUGUGAUGGCGGAGUGAGUUUCUGCUUGAUUUCGCAUUCGCGCUUUUCCCGUACAAGUCGGAGUAUCCCCCUUGCGUCACUCAGCGAGCGUGUUUCAGUCCUGCAGUUUAUCGCCACACAUCUCUCGUGCUGGUGAGGGAGCAUCAGCCGCGUUUAUGCCGUUUCUUCGGGGGUUUCUCCACUCUCCCCGCUCGGGGAGUGGGUUCUCUUGGAUUUCCACUUGUGAGGGCGAGAAGUCUAUUGUCCCAGGUUCUCCCGGGUGCGGAGAAGGAUUUCAGGGCCUAGCUGCAGGCUGCUUUUCUACUCUAUUUUCCGGCUUCUGCCGGCUUUGGUUUUCUUGUGGGUCUCACUUUAUUACUCAUUUUCGAGGUGUGCUUGCUAUUGCAGGCUUCUUUCUCGAGGUCUACUUGCAAGGUUUUGCUCCGUUGUAUUCGACAAGGGGCGUCAUUCUGACCUUGGUUAUUUUCAUUUCAUGAACGUAGGCACGCCGGCGAGCUGCAGCGAAGACCGGGGACGACGAGGACUGCGAGCUCUUUGUCUUUUUCUAUUAGCGACAUUUUCUCCGGAAGGGAACUGGGCCAGGACGCAUCUACUGUCGUAGUUUUUCCGGCUUUUGGAGGGCCUCCUGGGGGGCCUCAGCGCUGCCCUGCCGCCAACUCUGUGCCUGUUUUCCCAUGCGGGGGGCCGUUUCCGGAGUUUGGAGCUCGUUGGCUUGCGGAUUUUUGCGCCGCCGGUUGCUAGACCGUUUCGCUCUGCAGGGGAUUUGUCCGUAGCACUUGGCUUGGGGGUAGGACGCAACCUUCGCCGCUUCUUCGCGCACUAAGUGUUCCUCUGGUCGGAUAUAUCGACAAGAAUCGCUCGGGGUUGGGCGGCGUUUCGUCUCGGUAUGGUUACGCGGCUCUCGGAUGAGGUGUUAGCACGUGCCACGCGUGGCUGCUCUUUAUGCGUGGCUGCGCUUUCUCUGAUUUACUCUUCAUGCGUACGCCACCUUAUCUGUGUCUUCCCUUUAGGUUUAGAGGCGCGGUUGGCCGAGGCUUACGCUCAGUGUCAGUAGGUGGGCGCGCUAUCGUUCAUCACGGCGGUGAUGGUUCUGGGGGUAGCCACGUCACACUCGCCGGCAUGAUGGAGCCUGACGUGCUCGGGGAUCGCCCGCUGUUCGCUCUGGUCUAGUGGCUGCGCGGCCCGCUUGAGGCGGAUCCCUUGCUUUGUAGCUGUCGUGGGAACAGCAUUCACGCCAGGUGCGUGCCUCGCCUCUGUGUUGGGUUGCUGGCUUCAUAUGAAGUGAAUUCCCCAGGUGGGGAGGUGGUUUGCCACUCUGAAUCAGGGUUGAUACCGAUAGGCUCCUUUGCUCUUCUGAGGAAGUAACUUUUCUGCUUUGGUUUUCCGCGAGGCUUCUUUGCCGCCCAGUAAGGGACGGGCUUUGUGUGUAAUUUCAGUUGGACGAGAUGAGUCCUCGUCCAUCGGCGGUCUGCUCUUGGGAGGUACUUAGGUCUGGAAGUUUACCGUGCUCACAGAGGUGGGGUUUUGGAUUCUCUCUGUUCGCGCCGUGUGCUAGUGUUCGCGAAUAAGCUGUUCUUUUGGCUUUGUUGGUUCGGAUUUACACAUGAUGCAGGAGAUACUAAGCGUUCGGGCGGCCAGCCCUUCCUUGACCUAUGCUUGCGUGGGUGUUUUGCUGGAUCGCACUUGCUUUUCUCUACGGAUUUGGCUUCAAGCCGGGGCGCUCCCGUGGUUUGUCUGCAGUGGAAUUUGAUUUUUGGCCGGGCGCGGCAUUUGAGACAGGCUUGUUUGACUUUCUACUCCAGGCAGCGAAGACCGGGGACGACGAGGACUGCGAGCUGUUUGUCUGUUGAGACAGGCUUGUUUGACUUUCUACUCCGGGGGCGACGGAGCGUUGCUUUUUCUUCCUCUAGGCCUACCUUUUCUGGGCCCUCUAGAGCUGCUCCUGUCCUUCCCCCUGUCGUUUGCCACACCCCGGUCCGCAGUGUUUUCUCGGUUGAGCAUUCGCUAUCAUUUUCUACGACCGCUUGCGCUGGUUUUCCUAUGAAUGGAAGGGGAUUUUGGCACUUUUUGCCCCGCGAUGUUGCCACACCUCGCCAGUAGUCACGUCACGUCUUUCCGGUCCACCUGGGGACUUUCUUUCGUUCGUUUGCAUGUUGUCGCCCUUUUUUCAUUUGCGUUUUCUCUCCGGAAGCGUCAAUAGCCGGAGCGUCUUCCCUUGUGUGGUCUUGGGGACCCGUUGCACGAGGCCGACACGUUUGCGCUCGGUUUUUCCCUGGGUAGGUCCUCAGAAUUUUUCAUUGUCCGCGCAGCCGAGCCGGAGCUUGCGCUGCGGUUGUUUGUAUCACCGGACAGACGAUCUUUCGCGGACGGGGAAUUCUCUAGAAGCCCUUGCUUCGAGCUAGGAAGGGCAAAGAUUUGUCUGUACGACCUUCGCACGCUUGUUCUUUUCGGUGCGCUUUAAGGGUUUUCAGUAGCUGCGGUAGUGAGACGCUGCACGUCGAGGGGUCGCUCUAGGUAGCGUGUUUGCGCGUCCUGGAGUAGGACUGUUCUUGCGGGUUUUGAGGGCUUUUCUCUGUCUUUCCUGUGCGGGCAAGUGGGGCUUAUGCCACUCUCUCUAACUGACUACUGCUACCAACUGCGUAGUGUCAAGUUAUACAGCAUUCUCUCAUUGCUAAAACGUUUCUCUCGUGGAAAUGAAUCAAGCGCAUGAACGUAUCAAAAUGAAAAAUCCCCCCUCCCCAUAUCGAAAAGGAAGUUUCUGAUGCUGGAUUUGCGUAUACAAAUCAGGUUUGUCUUGCAGUAGAGGACUGCAGGCUCCUGCCAAGCCUGAGUAGAGAGCUUUUGGCCUAGGCGCCUUGCAUGAAAAACGACUAUGCUGUAGGCCCAAGAGCAUCACAAACCGCCUGCAUAAUGCGGCAGAGCCUGUGGAGUUGUCUUCUUGCAAGACAGAUGCGAUUUGUGGCCUCAAAUCCGCAACACAAAUUUUUGAAAACAUACCUUUUCGAUAUGGGGAGGGGGGAUUUUGCCUCUCAAUAGAACGUAGGCACGCCGGCGAGCUGCAGCGAAGACCGGGGACGACGAGGACUGCGAGCUCUUUGUCGUGUAUCGAAGAAAAAAAGUUCGCGGCUUCGCUGCUUGUUCGAGGCUUCGUUGCUUGUUCGGUGCUUCGAGGCUCCGCUGCUUCGAGGCUUCGCUGCUUCGAGGCUUCGCUGCUUCGAGGCUGCGCGGCUUCGAGGCUGCGCGGCUUCGAGGCUGCGCUGCUUCGAGGCUUUGCUGCUUCGACGCUUCGCUGCUUCGAGGCUUCGCUGCUUCCUUCGGCGUUUCGAGGCCUCAUCGUUUCGAGGCUUCGCCGCUUAGAAGCUUGGGCACUUUGUCUGCAUUUCGUUGUUGUUGUUUUUCGUUUCUAUUCGUUUUUUGUUUUCAUUCUUUGUUUUCGUUUUUCGUUUCCAUUCUUUGUUUUUGUUUUUCGUUUCUAUUCUUUGUUUUCGUUUUUUGUUUUCAUUCUUUGUUUUCGUUUUUUGUUUCCAUUCUUUGUUUUCGUUUUUCGUUUCCAUUCUUUGUUUUUGUUUUUCGUUUCUAUUCUUUGUUUUUAUUGCGGGAUACUAUUAGAUAAUGGGUUUUCUGACUUUUAGCUAGUCAUUGUAGAGAUUAUGCCACUCUCUCUAACUGACUACUGCUACCAACUGCGUAGUGUCAAGUUAUGCAGCAUUCUCUCAUUGCUAAAACGUUUCUCUCGUGGAAAUGAAUCAAGCGCAUGAACGUAUCAAAAUGAAAAAUCCCCCCUCCCCAUAUCGAAAAGGAAGUUUCUGAUGCUGGAUUUGCGUAUACAAAUCAGGUUUGUCUUGCAGUAGAGGACUGCAGGCUCCUGCCAAGCCUGAGUAGAGAGCUUUUGGCCUAGGCGCCUUGCAUGAAAAACGACUAUGCUGUAGGCCCAAGAGCAUCACAAACCGCCUGCAUAAUGCGGCAGAGCCUGUGGAGUUGUCUUCUUGCAAGACAGAUGCGAUUUGUGGCCUCAAAUCCGCAACACAAAUUUUUGAAAACAUACCUUUUCGAUAUGGGGAGGGGGGAUUUUGCCUCUCAAUAGAACGUAGGCACGCCGGCGAGCUGCAGCGAAGACCGGGGACGACGAGGACUGCGAGCUCUUUGUCGUGUAUCGAAGAAAAAAAGUUCGCGGCUUCGCUGCUUGUUCGAGGCUUCGUUGCUUGUUCGGUGCUUCGAGGCUCCGCUGCUUCGAGGCUUCGCUGCUUCGAGGCUUCGCUGCUUCGAGGCUGCGCGGCUUCGAGGCUGCGCGGCUUCGAGGCUGCGCUGCUUCGAGGCUUUGCUGCUUCGACGCUUCGCUGCUUCGAGGCUUCGCUGCUUCCUUCGGCGUUUCGAGGCCUCAUCGUUUCGAGGCUUCGCCGCUUAGAAGCUUGGGCACUUUGUCUGCAUUUCGUUGUUGUUGUUUUUCGUUUCUAUUCGUUUUUUGUUUUCAUUCUUUGUUUUCGUUUUUCGUUUCCAUUCUUUGUUUUUGUUUUUCGUUUCUAUUCUUUGUUUUCGUUUUUUGUUUUCAUUCUUUGUUUUCGUUUUUUGUUUCCAUUCUUUGUUUUCGUUUUUCGUUUCCAUUCUUUGUUUUUGUUUUUCGUUUCUAUUCUUUGUUUUUAUUGCGGGAUACUAUUAGAUAAUGGGUUUUCUGACUUUUAGCUAGUCAUUGUAGAGAUUAUGCCACUCUCUCUAACUGACUACUGCUACCAACUGCGUAGUGUCAAGUUAUGCAGCAUUCUCUCAUUGCUAAAACGUUUCUCUCGUGGAAAUGAAUCAAGCGCAUGAACGUAUCAAAAUGAAAAAUCCCCCCUCCCCAUAUCGAAAAGGAAGUUUCUGAUGCUGGAUUUGCGUAUACAAAUCAGGUAUGUCUUGCAGUAGAGGACUGCAGGCUCCUGCAAAGCCUGAGUAGAGAGCUUUUGGCCUAGGCGCCUUGCAUGAAAAACGACUAUGCUGUAGGCCCAAGAGCAUCACAAACCGCCUGCAUAAUGCGGCAGAGCCUAUGGAGUUGUCUUCUUGCAAGACAGAUGCGAUUUGUGGCCUCAAAUCCGCAACACAAAUUUUUGAAAACAUACCUUUUCGAUAUGGGGAGGGGGGAUUUUGCCUCUCAAUAGAACGUAGGCACGCCGGCGAGCUGCAGCGAAGACCGGGGACGACGAGGACUGCGAUAUGGCGUUCUCAAACGUUACAUUCUCAACUGUUGCAUGAAUUUGUAAUGCAAGACUAGCACAGGUGAGAGGGAGACCCUUGCGCGUCUUGCAUUACAGGUUUGGUGCGGAGUACAGUGCUAUUUAGCCCUCCGGCCAUUUGUCAUGCGAAGCAGUUUGAUAGUCUGGCGGGUCAUGGUCAUUUUGCAUGACAAAUCAUGUAACAGUUGAGAAUGUAACGUUUGAGAGCCCCAUAUGCGAGCUGUUUGUCGUGUAUCGAAGAAAAAAAGUCGUGUGGAAGUGUAGCUGCGUCACAAAUGUGUCUGGCAUGAUAGCAAAAACCUGUCAUGCGCAAAUAGAACGUGAAAACGCGCAUGAUCUUAUCAAUCAUGGACAUGGACCCUGCAAGCUGCAUGACCAGCAUGACAGACGCAGCCUCCUGAUAUCAUGUUGCGUAAUAUCACAAAGCUACACUGACAAUCUUUUUUCUUGCAUAUCGUAAGUCAGGACGAUCAGUGGGACCACGCGGAGUUCGUGAGCGCGCUGGAAACCAGACGGCGGACCCGCUACGCUUCCAUGGAGGAGGAUCUGAAUCAGGACCCGACCGCUGGCGCCGAUACAGGCUGGCCCGCCAGGGGCGACAACAAGGACGAGGGGAAAAAUCCUGAUGAGACCACCGGCGGUCAAGCUCAAGAAGGUCAGGACGACCUGGUUAACGCCGAGGACAACAAUGCUUCUGAGACAGUCCUAAAACCCCCAGAGAAAGCACCAACUUCCGCUGCUUCAGUACUAGAGCAGCAGAAACAUCAUCAGCAGGACGACUCCUGCACCGGUGCCAGUACAACUGCUGCCUCGGGAGGAGGUGGAGGUACCACCGCGGCUACAACCAGGUCGUCGUGCCCGGAGGAAGAUGCGGCAGCACGGGCAGCCGCUGACAAGAAGCAAGCAGACCGCGCUUCUCACGGCAAGCUGCGCCAGCGGUUUUUGCGGCGGCUGAAUGUCCGCGAGGUAACCACGAAAAACCUGGAAGUCGAGUUCCAGCUGAUAAACUACACCGCGUCCCGUGCCAAGUACUGCUUUGUUUCUUCGAUGGCCUCGGGGUGGCAGCAUGUCAACGGCUUUUUUCCUUCGCCGGACCCGGAGCACGUCGAUGCAGAGACGGACGGUGGCGCGCCGGCCGGUGAUGUUCCUAUGGUGCCCGCCCGAGGUGGACAACAAGACUCUACAAGAACACCAGCGGGGGACAAGCUGCACGAAGUGGGACGAGGAGAUCAUGAAGAUGAACAACGAACUUCUACGUCGAAGAACUACAAGCCCACGAUUCCUGCCAACGUGCAGAACUACUCGACGGUGCGAACUAACGUGAACGAAUAUGAAAGCAAGCUGCUGCAGUUGUCCUUUUGCUUUACGGGCGAAGACCUGAACAUUCCGGGCAAAGAAAGCAUGAACCUCCCGCGAGCUACGAAGGAAUGGCUGCCGCUGGUCUGGCAGGUCUUGUUUCAUUUCGACUGGACCCGAGAUCUCCGCGACAAAACGGAAGUCAGUGACCUCUUUCACGUCACGCACCCCGGUAAAUCGGCCUUGGAAUUGAACUCAGAUCGCGAGUCUACGCUGGUAUAAUGCUCAGAGUGCCAAAGUUCUUCUCAAGGGAGUUUCAAUCAUGUGAGAUUUUUUACCUGAUUCGGGCUGUGGUCUCCCUAUCGACGUUCCUCGUAGAAUGUAAAAGUUUUGGAAAAAUUGCGAUAAAGAAUUUCAUCUGUUGUUCCUUGCAGGACAAGCAUGACGCAGAAACUGCACGAUUCUGGAACGAGCGGACUUCGAUCAAUUGGUGGCGACACCAGAGUGAGGGAAUCACUUUGAAGGCGUUUGGCGAGAUGCUGAAAACGAUGCCCAGGGAUCACUUGACGUGGGUUUCUUUCGACAGCCAACGGGAUUUUGCCUUCCUGACCCAAGCGCUGGCGCCGAGUUUGAAGCUCCCUGCGAGUGUCCAGGGCUUUCAAACGUCCGUCGUCGCCAACUUUCCCAGCCGUGUAGACCUCAAGCACCUGCUCUUCUCGCCGAGUUUGCAGCGAAGAAUGCAAGGCGAAUCCUCGUCCGGAGACUCUCACUCAUUGUUGUUCCCAGCUGUGGAAAUCCAAGAACGGUUUGGUUUACGUUUGAUUUCAUGUGUCUACAGUACCUACUUUAGCCUAAAGUCCACUUCAAUAUGCCAAGAGCCCCCAUCAAGAUUCUGUGAAGACGUAUUAACGUCGCGCAUGUGGUGCGUCCCUACUGCUGCUCGAGUUUACGCAUUACGGUACUGGUCUUGUUUGCACGUUGGCGAUCGUCCUUCAAUCAAUCUAAACAGCGUCCGCCGCCUGGUUCAGCACCACGAGCUCACGAAUGGUCAAAAUCGUCUUCCCGUGCUCACAUUCCAGGGCCCCUUUGCUACGAUGGACAUGAGCAACAACUGGAAAAACAAAGGUGCCAUGGCAACGGGCGUGUGGGAUUUUGGACAGCUGAUGAAAACGGAGAACCGAUUCGACUCCACGUACGAGCGCGGCGUGAUGUAUCAGACCGGAAGCGAGGUGCUGUUGCUUCGCGGGCUCUGCUUGUACUACCAUUUGCUACCGAAAGUGACCAAGCCACGAGCAAAGAAAGAACAACUCCAGGGCAGUUCUCCGAUUGACUCCUUCGGCAGUACAACGCCAGUAGACCAGGUAGAACAUAAUGGAUCAGGUAGUUCCUGCCCAUCCGCGGUUGGCCGUGGCGAUUCCUCCUCCGGAGAAGAAGAAGUGGCUGAAACUGUCGGAACAGGAGCGCAUUCUACUGUCGCUCUAGUCGCACAAGGUAAAUCCGUAGAUGAACAGCAAGGGGCUCACCGUCGUGCCGACGGCGACGCACCAGAAGACAAAAAAACAGCCGCACAACAGGACCGCUUGAAUACUUCAUCUGAAAAUCAGCAAGACGAGCAGGAACACAGUAGCGAAGUGUCUACCUCAGCACGGCCUAAAAGUGCAAGAGAAGAAGGCCACAUGGUGGAAAUGAGCGAGAAAAAAGCCAGUUUAAAAAUAGCGGAACUGCCAGAGGACCCCCAAUCUGUGGGUCUGUUCGCUCUGUCUGAAGAGUAUGGGUCAGAAGACUUCCUGAACACCGCGUUUCACGCCCGGGAGCCGGAGGACCUCGCGUUCCGCCCGAAACCGGUGCCGGACGCGGCUGCCGCGCUCCGCGUGCGCUCCUUUUUGGAGGAACAUCACAAGCAGAACCUUCAGCACGAGGACGACAGCAGUACCUGCGAUGAGGCGGAGGUCGAUCUGGACUUCUUGGACGAUGCGAUCAACUCUUUCCACAGCCCGCUGCCGGACACGUACAACUGGCAGCAGGAAGUGAAAUUUGAACCCACGUUUGCGCGCGUGUACGACCCACUGCCCCGGCAAAAACCGCUGCUGCGCAUGCGAGAUGUCACACAGACGCUGCAGGACACGUUCGCCACGCGCCCCGGCAUGGAGGUGCACGCGAAAGCGCUGUCCCACCUCUGGAACACGGGGCACUGCCUGCCGAAGAUGCGGCUCUCCUUUUCCCACUUGGUCGCGGGCCGCCCAGACUUCGAGCUCGGUUGUGGGAAAUGCGGCGGUAGCACCUUGCUGCCUAGUAGUACCGGCGGACCUCCAAACAUCAACAGCAGCUCCACGGUGAUGAUGAGCGGGGGAAACAACAUCAACCCGCAAGGUGGAGGGACCAACAUGAUGAACAACAGCCACCAUCAUGGCUCCGGCGGUGGAGGUGGUCAUCUCGCCCGGGGCGGUGGUGGAGGGCAACAUCACCUGCACGGGGGUCCUCCAAACAGCGCAAAAAUGCAUCACCCGGGCAACCGCUUCCGCAUGGAGUCCAUGGACUCAACUUCCGCCGCAUCGGCCGCAACGUCCUCCAAUAACAACUUCAACCUUUCGCGCGCGAACACACAUCUGAGUACGGCCACGACCUCGCAGCACGGAGGCAGCGGAUCGGCACACCAGCACCAUCUAGGCGAACCGCACAACAGCUCACAGGGUGCGGGAACGAUGAACGCAGGGGACCAACUCCAUCUGGCCGCGCAACAUCGCAACAAUGGACAAGGGGGAAGCAGCAGUAGUAGUCAAGGAGUAGACCACCAGCAGCACCCACACGCCUACAGCAGCACUGGUGGAAUGCACCCUCAGAACCAGCACCAGCGUAGUGGAGGUCCUCAGGUUGUAGCGCAACAAGGCUCGCUGCACCACAGUGGCCAACUUCAACACCAGCAGUACCACAAUUUGAUGGGUGGACCGCACCCCAACGCCAACCAAGGGGGUCCUCAGCAUGCUCAUGCGCCGGGGACGGGCAACGGAGAUUUUCACCCAUUUUUCGACGGUGCGCAGCAACAUCAGCAGCACAAGGGCGCUCCCUUUGCCGGACCAGGUCCCUACGGAGGGGGUCCUCCACCCGGAGGUGCAGUUGCUGGACAGAACCCAAGUUGGGCGGGUACGCCAGGCCAAAUGCAGCAGCCGGACCCGACGAAUGGCUUUGUUGACCUGUACAGCGGAAAUAUCAUGAAUAAAGGCGGCGCGCCAGCCGGCGCGGGAUACAACAUGUAUCAGAACCCCCAACCGCACCCAGGAGCCAGUAGUGCUGUCCAACUACAAUCUGCUGCUCCGCAACAACACCCUGGAACGACCGUGCAAAUGCAGCAGCAUCAACAGCACAUGCAAAUGUACGGCCAGCACCCCGGUGGAGCAGCGCACAUGCAACAAACUGCGGGGAACCGCGGAGGUCAGCCGGUAUUCAAUAAAAACGGUUCCAUGAUGCAGAAUCCGGCUGCGUAUGACCAUCAGCAGCCCCAACCCGGUCAACCACAGCACGGCCACUGGCAGCAAAUGGGGGGAUAUCAGCUUCAGCAAACCCAGCCGCAACAGGGCCAGCCACAUCAUCCCCUGUACCCGCAACGGGCAAACUGGAAUGGAAGCGACCACAUGUGGCAGAUUCCAGGAGGCGGCUCUUACCAUGGUCAGGACCAAGCCGCGAAUCAAGAAGGAAAAGAGUACUUUUGAUGCUCCCGUGUUUUUUGUUUCCUCGGCAUCGUCCUCCGUAAGGACUUAGCAGUAUCAUAUGACUCUAACGUUCAGAAUUUUUAGGGGCAAGAAAGGUGGUGAUUUUUUGCCAGAUGAAAAUUUAUAUUUGCAGGUACGCUGCGAACUCUACCGUUGGGAAGGGAUACGGGAAGCAGGGCUACAAAGGGUGGAAAAAGGGAGGCGCACACGGAAAAGGAGGCAAGAAGUAG